CCCAAGCGAUAGUGCAAGAGGAGCAGGAGGUAGAAGAAGAGGCGCCGCCAUGGCACAGAUGCUCCUGCAUGGGGUGAUUGAGGCAAACAUUCUGGAGGCAGACCUGUCCGUGGCGUCAGGCGGGCAGCUAAGACAGCCCCGGAAGACUGCGAUGAAGAGAAAGGUCUUCUCAUGGAUCAAGAAGAUAUCCUUCUGCAACAGCCAGUGCAUGCAGCAGCUGGAGAACGCCAUUGGCCUCGGCGCCACGACCGGCAAGCUGUACGCGACGGUGGACAUCGACAAGGCGCGCGUCGGCCGGACGCGCAUGCUCGAUCCCACCAACGUUCCCAAGUGGGGGGAGUCCUUCCACAUCUACUGCGCCCACGACGCCAGCCACGUCAUCUUCACCGUCAAGGCCAACAACGCCGUCGGCGCCACGCUCAUCGGCCGCGCCUACCUCCCCACCGACGGUGCGGUCCUCGCGGGCCAGACGGUGGACCAGUGGCUCCCCAUCUGCGACGACAAGGGCCUCCCACUGGAUGGAGGGGACAAGAUACACGUCCAGCUCCGCUUCACCGACGUGGUCGCGGACCCGGAGGCCCGCUGGGGCGCCGGCGUCGGUACCGCGGGAUACCUCGGAGUGCCGCGAACCUUCUACGGCCAGCGCCGCGGCUGCCGAGUCAGGCUGUACCAGGACGCCCACAUCUCCGAUGCCUUUGCGCCGCGGAUACAGCUCGCCGGAGGGAGGCCCUACGAGCCGCAGCGAUGCUGGGAGGAUGUGUUCGAGGCGAUCACCAAUGCCCGGAGGAUGGUGUACAUCGCCGGAUGGUCUGUCAACACCGACGUCGCGCUGGUGCGGGACCCGCGCAAGCCCUCGUCGGGGACGCUCGGCGAGCUGCUCAAGAGGAAGGCGGCCAGCGGCGUUACAGUGCUGAUGCUGGUGUGGGACGAUCGGACGUCGCUGGGGCUGGGCGCGAUCCGGCGGGACGGGCUGAUGGCCACGCACGACGAGGACACGGCGACGUACUUCCGUGGCACUGGCGUGCGCUGCAUCCUGUGUCCCCGGAAUCCCGGCCAGGGCCGCCUGAGCUACGUGCAAGACGUGGAAACAGUCGCCAUGUUCACCCACCACCAGAAGACGGUGAUCGUCGAUGGCGGCGGUGGCAACCCAGCAGGGAACGCGUCUCCAGGCCUCGUUAGCUUCCUCGGCGGCAUCGACCUCUGCGACGGGAGGUACGACACGCAGGAGCACCCCCUGUUCCGGACGCUCGGCACCACGCACCGUGCCGACUUCCACCAGCCCAACUUCCCCGGCGCGUCGAUCAGCAAGGGCGGGCCAAGGGAGCCGUGGCACGACAUCCACUGCCGCAUCGAAGGCCCCGCGGCGUGGGACGUGCUCGACAACUUCGAGCAGCGGUGGCGAAGGCAAGGCGACGGUGACGAGUACCUUGUCAACCUCGACAAGGGCUGGUCGGCGCAAGAGGCGAUCCAGGACGCCGAAUCGUGGAACGUGCAGGUGUUCCGGUCCAUCGACGGCGGCGCCGCGGCGGGGUUCCCAGACAUACCCGCGGAGGCUUCACGUAUUGGGCUCCAGACCGGAAAGGACCACGUGGUCGAGCGCAGCAUCCAGGACGCGUACAUCCACGCCAUCCGCCGCGCCCGGGACUUCAUCUACAUCGAGAACCAGUACUUCCUGGGGAGCUCCUACGCGUGGCGGCGCGAUGACGGCGUCACCGUGGAGGACAUCAACGCGCUGCACCUCAUCCCCAAGGAGCUCUCGCUGAAGAUCGUCAGCAAGAUCGAGGCCGGCGAGCGGUUCGCGGUCUACGUUGUAGUGCCGAUGUGGCCCGAGGGCGUGCCGGAGAGCGGCUCCGUGCAGGCCAUCCUGGACUGGCAGCGCCGGACCAUGGAGAUGAUGUACAAGGACGUGGCGCUGGCGAUCCAGGCCAAGGGCAUCCAGGCCCACCCCAAGGACUACCUCACCUUCUUCUGCCUCGGCAACCGGGAGGCGUACACCCCCGGCGAGUACUCGCCGCCGGAGAGGCCCGAACCUGACACCGACUACAUAAGGGCACAGCAGGCCAGGCGCUUCAUGAUCUACGUCCACGCAAAGACCAUGAUAGUCGACGACGAGUACGUCAUCAUCGGAUCCGCGAACAUCAACCAGCGUUCCAUGGACGGCGGCCGGGAUUCGGAGAUCGCCAUGGGCGCCUACCAGCCGAGCUACCUCGCGUCCAGCAGCCGACCGGCGAGGGGGCAGGUGCACGGCCUACGGCUCGCCCUGUGGCAGGAGCACCUCGGCCAGACCGCGGCGGCUGCCGGCGCGAGCGACCUCCUCCGGCCUUCGAGCGUGUCGUGCGUGCGGAGGGUGAACCAGGUGGCGCAGCAGCACUGGGAGAUGUACGCUAGCGACGUGCCUCACGACCUGCCAGGUCACCUCAUGGCUUACCCCAUCGGCGUGAGCGCCGGCGGGGAGCUGCAGGAGACGACGCCCUUCUUCCCCGACACUAAGGCCAGGGUGUUCGGCAACAGGUCGACCUACCUCCCGCCGAUCCUCACUACUUGAACACAAGAUCCAUCUCUACGAUAUCGAUGACUCCCUCUCGCUGAGAUCGAUGGAAAACCAGUAGUAUGUGAAUGUGUUGUAACUGUAACUUCGUCGUGUGGAUAAGUGGAUGGACGUGUUGGUGGAGCUAUAUACAAAAUGUGAUUGAAUUCCUAGUGUUGGAUAAAAGAAUUGUUUGUACAUGCGAGUAAAAUUGUGAUAAAGGGAAAAUAUUAAUGUGGUGAA